AGUCGACUUCGCGCUCGGCGCAUUGCCUUUCCCAUCUGCCACUCAUUCUGAAUUGCUCAUAGCUGCUCGAUAUCUCAAUCGCUACGGUGUUUUCCAGGCUGUUUAGCUUCGUUUCAGGGUCUACGACAAUGCCUCCUCCAGUAGAGGAUAUUUCAGAGGACGAGUCCACUGGGGAUGCGAUCCCUUAUGAUAAUGGAAGGGAGUCGGGGGCGGAAGAGAGCGAUGAGGAGGAAGGUGAAGACGUUUAUGUCGUCGAGAAGAUCAUGGGACACGAGUACAAGAAAGACACCUUAUUCUUGCACGUGAAGUGGAAAGGAUAUGACAAACCAGAAGAUCAGACGUUGGAACCGGAAGAGAACCUACUGGAUGGUGCCAAAGAAGCAGUGGAUGAGUAUUACGCCAAACUCGGCGGAAGACCUGAGAAGCCAUCGAGAAAGAGAAAGUCAUUGAACGAGGCAAAGGCUACACCUGAGAAGGCGACCCAGAAGAAGCCAAGGAAGUCGCGAGGAACAGCCAGCGCAGAGCCAGCUGCAUCAGAGGAAAACGAUGAUGUGCCCGAUUGGGUACCUAAGAGCAAGAACUGGGAAAAGGACAUCCUCAAGGUCGACACCAUUAUGCGCGACCCGGACACGGGCAGUCUGAUGGCCUAUCUCCACUGGAACAAUGGCAAGAAAUCACGAGUGUCAAUAGAGCAGUGUUACGAGAAAUGCCCAAUGAAGAUGCUCCGGUUCUAUGAACAACAUCUGGUCUUCAAAGAAGGCUGAAUCACUAUUCAUAACAACAAAUGUCAAUGGACAAUUUCCUUUAUUCAGUGUGCGGUUCCAACAUUCAUCUAAGAGGGUCUCGAUUUAGUUAAUUCGCGCAACAUUUUCCUUCUACAUUGUUCCUUUCUCUUUUUGGAUUGUCCCUUAGUCCUAUUUGUAUCUGCUCAAGGUUGUAUCCGCAAGGGAUAGGUGUUUGGCCAGUAUUUCCUGUUCCAUCAAUGCUCCUUCCCGCUAUUUCUAGUAUGUCUAUGGUGACUUCCGAAGGAUCCUUCUCCCGUAAGUCACUCGAGCUGAUGGGCCGCUCGUCAUAAUCGACAUUAUUCAUGUUUUUAAUCGGAAAAGAAGAAGGGCAAUG